AUGAAUCGAGAUUGCGGCGUUGCUGUUGGUGGGGGAGGUAUUGCAAAACUCCGAGGACAAGCAUGGAAAACAUUUAUGGACAGGACAGGAAAUGGAAUCACUUUUGAGGCUGAUGACGAUGACGAUAUUGCGACUGCGGAUCAAAGCGAUAUGCAUCAUAAAUACGUGAAAACGUACUCAAAAUAUUCGGGACAAAGUAAUCUGCAAACUCAUGCAAAAUUUGUUACACCCACGGUCGCAUCGCAAAAUAGACCACGAGGGAGCGUAAUGCGUUUGGACAAGGCUGACAUGGGCCUGUACGGCAUAUGUCCCGAGACUGAUCCUUUUUAUGCUGUGAUCUGUGAUAUUUGUAGCAAUGUGGUAAAGCCGCAGGGAUUGCAAAAGCACAUGACCAGCCGGCAUCAUUCCUUUCUAAAUCACUCGGUCAAAUUAAAUGCUCACCACAACGCCAGCUUGAACUCUGCGGUGUUAGGGGGAACCAAGGGAAGCAAUACCAGCAAUAGUACUGCUUCUGAGCAACAGUCGCUUGGUGUCAGCUUUACGUCCUCAUCCUCGGAAAAGACUGAAUGCAUGAUUCGGGCUGGUGUGAACAGCGAAUCACCUAUAAUUGCUCGCUCGGACAGCAAAACGGUUCCAAGUUCCUACGGCUCCCAGAGCGAUGAAACACUACCACUAGAAUCAUGUGUUCCCACUGUGCCACCGGUGAAAGUGCGCUCUUCAGUGAGUGGAAAGAUAAAGAGUAAAAAUGCAAAAAACGUCUCCACGCACGGAACCUCAAGCGGGUCGACGAAAUCAGCCACCGGUUAUGUCAACAGCAACAGCUCUCUUUCUUCGUCCUUUUCUAAAGCUUCUAUAUCAUCUAACAAUCAUGGUGCCGUGGAUGGUGGGACGGUUGCAGAAUUUUCACGUGAUUUUCCCGCCGGUGGUGCAAUUGGUAGUGGAGGCGUUCCUUUAGUGCUUAUGAGCAACUGUUCGGUGGUGCUGGAGAAGAAAUCAACGUUUGCUAUUACGAAUGCCAACGUUCCCGGUGGUAUUGGAAGCGAGGGAUCAUCAGCAACAUCUUCCGCGUCUAGUGCGACCCAGUCUACUAAGUCAUCAUCCAAACGAGGCUCUAAACAAUUAUCUUCCUCUUCAUCUAGUUCCUCGCCAUCGUCGUCGUCAUCAUCUUCAUCCUCGUCAUCGUCUUCUUCUUCGUCAUCGUCUAGCAGUAGCAGCAGCAGUAGCAGCAGCAGCAGCAGUUCAAGCAAUGUCGCACAGCCGCAAAAAUCUUCAUCAGAACGAAAAAGCGAUUCUCGCUCACGUGAUUUUGAUCCGGAUCGACAUUGUGGAGUUGCGACGCCGGAUGGGAAACGUCACUGUACCCGACCCAUAACGUGCAAAUCGCAUUCGAUUACCCAACGUCGAGCAGUCCCGGGAAGAAGUAAAACAUUGGAUAAAUUGUUAAGCGAAAUGCGCGGGCAUGGUACAACCGGAGGAGCCUCAAUGUCCUUAAAAGAAGACGAUACCUCCGCGGCAGGAUUCCUGGAGGGAAUGGAGUCUAACAGCAGCUCCUCCACAGGGUACGACGGUACAACAGGUGAUCGACGAAACUCGAUGGGAUUUCCUUCUGCCGGAAGUGAAACCAUUAACCGUUCCUCUUUUGCAUCGCAAUCGGGAGCUCUAGUUGUAAUUGAAGGAUCGAUAGCGCGCGGACAUAGUACACCUUCUGAAGGCGGAAAAAAUACGCACCAUGCCUCUCACGGUAUAUCUAGCAACACCAGCGGCCAAAAGAUGCCCUUAAGCGAGAACAAAAACGAACGCUCGAAACAUAAAACGGCGUCUCGCUCUCAUAGUGCAACUGGAAGUUCCACAGCUCACGGCCUAUCAAAAUCGAACGUGCACCACAAUCGUUCUGGUUCGUUGAAACAAGGACAAUCGCGCGAUGCCAAUUCCCAGCUGUCGCAGCCGCUAGGGAGUCAUGUUACGGGAACCACUCAGCAUCAUCAGCAGUCUUCUUCAUUAACACCACAACAGAUUAUAAUACCUAACACGACUACCGACAUGCUUGGGUCUCAAUAUGUGGGCAAAGAUUCGGCUGGCCCAAAUACUAUCCUUUCCGAUCAUACUGCCAUUAUAAUGGACCCGAACACGAAUCUCUUAAAAUUGUCCGUUGGUGGGACGUUACAUUCUUCUGCCGAAGAAGCUGAUGGUUCUCAACAGUACGGAAGCACAAACAUUUUGCAGGACGGGCAGCUAACGGUCACACUUCCAUUGUCUGUGAUAUCAUCUAUGAACCUUGCCGGAACAAAUUUGGUCAAUAUGACCCACGGUGUAGCGGGGGGCGACGUAGUUGCAGCAGCAACGAUUAACUCCGGAACCGGGCCAAAUACGAUGCUGGCACCCGGAGUGGUCGAUUGUACAGCUGCAGAACAAGCAGCAUUUAUUCCUGCCGAGUUGAUGGACCAAAUUCCACUCGUUGCAGCGAACGGAACGGAUUUGCAUGACCCUAGUACUACUUACCGUUUGGCUUCGCAUGCGGCUGCCAAUACGGUUACCGGUCAAACUUCAAACGGGCUUUCUGAUCUUAGCUUGCCGACGUUCGGCGAUCAGAUCAACUAUACCUUGCAAACACUGGCACAAAACCUUGUCCAAACAGCCGACGGUGUGCCGCAACAGCAACAACAGCAACACCAGCAGCAGGUUCAUCACCAGGGACCCCAGUCAGCCCAGGUCGAUCUGGUUGAUAAUAUCGAUGAUAUCGUACCGACGAUAAAUCUUCUCCCAGCGAGCAGCAACUCUUUAGUUAUACCACAACUGCAGGGUGACCUAGCCGAUUCUAUCAUACUGACACCGAAUCAGCUGACAAGCCUAUCGCAAUCAUUAGUCGAUCAACAUUUUAUUGAUAAUAUGUCGGCGAUAAAGACCGUUCCCGAAAUCACUGAUCCACUGACUGUCAAUGGUCCGGUGGAUAUAUCGAAGCUAAUGCUGCUGAAGAAAGUGGACGAAGAUUUCUUGAAGCAGAAGCAACUGCAAGAACAUCAGACACUCUUUCCUCAUGCGGUGGGGCAGAUUGAUGAAGCUCGGGGCGUUAAGGUAUGGUACAACUCGCUACCCAAACCUCUGCAUGUGAAUAACUUCCAGCUGCGUCGUAUGGCUGGUGGAUAUGUGAUGAACCGAAAGCUUCUGAACAUUCGGCGUAAUCUCCUGAACGAAACCAACCAGGAUGCGAAGCGGCUGGCCUCACCGAGUACAACGGCUUCUUCAAUGCUUUCCUCUGGAAGCGCCCACUCCCCUCUCAGUGGUGUCAGUGGAACACGUGGAGGUAGUGGUUCUAUCGGUGGUCGGACGGGAAAUGAUAUCCUAUUAGCAUCGCUAGCAUCUCCUACGGGGACAGGAAAAGGGAAGACGGGCGAGCUAUCAGGGACCAAUAUCAAUGGAGGGGCGGGCAUCUUAGGAAGCCCUACUAGCAGCACCAUCGUCAGUGGUACCGGUAACAACCGCAGUACUUCGUCCCAACGAACCCAGCGACGUUUGAUCUUGUUGCCGCAGCAACAAUCGGAAAAAUCGACUUGUCUGCUUAGUAAUGCGUACUUCAAGUAUCUCAUCUCGUCGAUACAACAGCAACAGCCGCAUUCGCAAACUAAAGAGACACAAAACAAUAUUCCCAAAGAUACGUCUGUUGACGAAGGGCCCAGUUUAGGUAGCAGUGGGACGACUGACCGUGCAUUGCACUCCUUGAAAAGAAACGCAUCGUCGCUAACGACACUUUCAAACAAACGGUUGAAAAUCAUCAAUAACCUCCACAAUUCCACCGCUCCGCCACCAAUCCUGUUGCAAGGGAGUGGUGGCGGAAACAGCAGUAGCAAGGUAAAACCGAAAGUAUUAUAACAACCGACCAUGUUACUGGCGGCGCUGCGGCAGCGUGCCACCAUUCCGCCGAACGGAAUGAAAGAGAAGCAUAUCGCCGUCGAUGCCCCAUAGGAAAUGAAUGUUGCCAACAUUGACCCAAAAGUAAUACACUGAUACAACAUUGAUUAACGACAAUUAAAUACAUGUUUCUCCGUGGUUUUGGCUGAAUUGCGCGGUUCCGUCUAACAGAGAAAACAAAAGCUUAGAUGUAUUGUAACACCUUUAAUCUACCAAAAGAUG